CGGGAGUCUGGAGAAAUUGAGGCGGGGCGGGGCGUGAGGGAGCAGUGGGAAAAUGGCGGCCGUUAGGCGAGGAAGAACAUCAUCUGUUCUGUCCUCUGUUCCUUUACAGAUUCUAUUCUAUUUAAAUGGAGUUUAUUAUAUAUUUUAUUUCUUGGCAACCUUGCUGAUGAUUGUUUAUAAAAGUCAAGUUUUCACUUAUCCAGAUAAUUUCUUAACUCUUGAUCUCAUAUUGCUGUUCAUUAUGGCAAUUCUAGAAACUAUCCGGAUAUACUUCGGUACCAAAGGGAAUUUAACAGAAGAUGAGGCUCCACUUGGUUUCAGCCUUGUCAUCACAGGAGGAAGUAUAGUUCUGUCCAUCUACUUUCUAGUGUGGCAAACUUAUGUCCUGAGAGCAGAUGUCAUUAUUAAUGUUGUGCUGAUUAUUAUAUAUGGACUUGAAGGAAUUUUUCAAAUUAUAGCCAUUGCUGCAUUUGUCAGCUAAAUCAUGUUGCUGCCUGUGGCACAUCUGUCUUUUAUAUCCCACCCCCCAAAAAACAGAACACAUCUUUUAAAUGAUGUCCUUGUAAAUAUAUGUGGUGUUAAUCUUCUCAGAUUUUAAACACUUGGUUAAAUUACAAAGUUUAAUCAAGCCUUCUUGAUUAGCAUGUAACAGGCUAUAUAAAGUUACUUAUUCUUACCAUAUCUUUUGUGUUAGAAUUUGGCUAAAAUGUUCAUCCCCAAUUUUAGGCCAAUCCACAUUUUAUGUGGCAGACAUGUUUUAUGCUUGUCAGUACCAUUGUGGUGCAGGGAAAAAUAUGUUCCUGCAAAUAAACACAGAGGUACAAUAGAGAUCUUUUAGGGGCCCAUGAUUCUAAUAUAAAGAAUUACACUGGCGAGCCUUGUAUUCACACACCACCGCCUUCUGUCCUCCAUGUUCCAGUUCUCUCCUCUCUUUGGGGAAGACUAUACAGUGGGGUCUUGACUUGAGAACUUAAUCCGUAUUGGAAGGCGGUGCUCAAGUCAAAAAGUCUG